AGUAAAAAAUAUGUUAAUUUAACGUGUUAAAAUUUAAAAAUAAAUUUUAAUUAUGACAUGCAUUUUAACAUUUAUAUAAAUAUAAAUCAUAGCCUAAAUAUAAAUAAUUUAACAACUUAAAUUAGAAAAAAAUAAAAAUCCCGGGCGUAGCCCGGGUUAAUCCCUAGUAUAAAAUAAAAGCAACGUCUACUCUCACUUUUCUUUCAUCUAACCUGUUUUUAAACAGGAAAAUAAUUUUCAUUCUUGGACCAAAUCCAGACUUUCUGGUAUCAAAUUCAAUUUUUUUUCCAAAUGUAAUCUCUUCUUUUGAUUAUUCAUACGUGCUCCUUAAUUUCUGACUUGUUGAUUCACAUGGUAUAACAUCAUUUCCAUUUUUACUGUCAUAAUAAUUAUAUAAAAUACUAUUUUACUGUCUAUUUAUUUAUGAUAAUAUAUAUGUUUAUGUGUUUAAGGUAUUUUAGUUACAGUUGAUAUAAAAUUUCGUUUUUAAACUAUGAAAUUAAAUGUCAAUUUAGAAUCCACUUAAAAUGGAGUUCAAUUCUAUUAUAAAAAUCAAAUGAUAUCAUGUUGUUUUUAUAAAUAAAUUGAUAAUGAUUUUAAACAUCUAACUAUACUAAAAGGCAAAUACUAAGCCUUCUGAGAUGGUCCACGUAGGACUAGAAAUUCAUCCAGUAAGAAAUUAGCGUUCAGCCAUGUCAGCAACGACUUGGUUCAAGUUGGGCUUCGGGUGUAUUUUGCAACCCACUAAGUUCGGGCUUUUGUUUAUUUUGGCCCACCUGUGUUGUGUUGUUACGGAGACGCAGAGACGGCGUAACCCAAAUCCUUCUUCCCCUACCUUUCGACUUCCACCUCUUCCUUUCCCCUCCUCUGCAAAUCCGUUUAGACAAUUACUUCAUCACUAAUUGAUCUAAUCAAGACUUUGUUUCAACUCUUUCAAUGGCUUCUUUUCACCUUCCUUUCAAUUUUCCUAUUUAUAUAUCUCUUUUCUUAACUUAUGUCUCCAUUGAAAUUAUUCUCUCAGAAAAAAAAAACUCAAGACACUCAACCGAUGGAACCCACCGGUAACUCCUCCGACUCCAGUGACCGCAAGACCGGCAAGAAGAUCGUCGCCUCCUCUGCUACUGUGAAACCAAAUGGGAAGUCCAUCGCUUCCUCCGCGAUUGCGACGACUGAUGUUUCAUCUCCUGUUCCGGUGAAACCAAACGUUGCUACCGAUCUCUCCUCCGUGCAUGCAGACCAAGUCAUGUUAUUCCGAGAUGUCUCAUUCGGCCCACGCGAAGCGGAAUUGAGGUUUCGUCUGAUUCACUUCUGGGAGGCUCGAAAUCCACUCACGAAAACACUCAUCGGACAAGAAAUGCUUCUUAUCGAUGAAGAGGGGACUGCUAUUCAAGGUUUUGUUCCAGCCGGACGGGUCGGGACCUUUGAUCUGACAGAUGGGGUCGUGUAUAAGCUGAAAAACUUCUUCGGGUCCAGAAGCAAAGUUCAAUAUCGAGUUGCUGAUCAUAUCGCCACCGUCUCAUUCACCUGGAAUUCUGAUUUAGCGGUUCUUGAUAACCCUCCGGUCCCAUUUCCAGAGGAUAGGUUCAGGUUCCACGGCUAUGAGGAGUUUAGGGCCAACUGCGACUCUAAGGGUGACCUUUAUGAUUAUGUUGGCCAUAUGAAGCUGGUGAAUGGGCAGACUAUCUCUGACCAUAUUGUUCUUGACGAGGUUGACAUCUCAGAGAAGCGGCAUAUAUGUGUUCAUGUUCAGACACAUGAUGGACCAGUGAUGAAGCUCUACAUAUGGGACAAGGCUGCAUCCGACUUCUGCCAGAAAUUCAAAUCUUAUGGAGGCACCCCAAGCGUUCUGUUAGUCACCACUGUGAACCCCAAACACCUUGGAGGAACACUCGCUCUCACUACAAUGUCAUCAUCUCGAGUGUUCAUGGAUGCUGAUGUCCAGCCUAGCAAAGAUUAUCUUGAAUGGUUGAGCUCUAACUCGGACAUUGCUAAUAGGGUUGCUGCUGAGGUCGUUACCAAGCCUGAGACAGUGACUCUAGGGGAGAUAUUCUCUUACAUCAAGCAGGAAGGUUCUAAGGUUGCUUGGUUUGAAUGCACAGCAACUAUCGAUGAUGUUGUCCAGGGUUCUGCCUGGUAUUACGUUUCUUGCGGAGGAUGUAAUAGUAAGGCAGUAAAAGGGCCUACCUCUCUGAUUUGUAACAGCAAGAAAUGUGGGAAAAGGGAAGUUACAGGCGUUCCUCAGUACCUCACAAAGAUCUCUGUUUAUGAUGAGAGUGAGCAAGCAGUUUUUGUUGUACUUGGUGAUGCUGGCAAAGAGUUGACCGGGAAGCAUGCGUCAGAAUUAGUUGCCAGUUACUUUGAGUCCAAUGCUGGUGUGGAUGCUGACCAUUGUGUGCCGGUGCCGCAAGCUCUACUUGAUGCAAUAGGGCAGAAGCGCAGAUUCAUUGUGAAGGUUUCCGACCAUAACUUGACAGGCAAGACUCAAACCCUGACUGUCACCAAGAUACUCCCGCCAGAAGCUCCACAGCCCAUAGAACACUUGGAAGAAAAGGCUAAUCCUUCAAAAGGCUUCGAAGAUGCUGCGGGUGAUAUGGUUAGGAAAGCAUCUGAGCGUCUUGAGUCAGGAGAAGCCAAGCGCCCCAAGAGUGGCUAAAUCAGCUUCAGACUAUUCUCUCAUGCAGUGAUUGUUAUUGCUGCGUUUAAUUUCUGUUUUUACGUUUACCUAAAGACUAUGCUUUCUUUCGUUUCAAAUAUCAGACUUUGGUUCAUUAGAGACUACUCCACUCACUUCAUGCAUGCUGAGUGGUCGUAUUCUUUAUUUCAUGUUUGAGUGAAGACUUUGUUUUUUCUUUGUUUAAAAUUUUGCUUUUGUUAGAUAUUUGCAUUCAGUUUGAUAAUGACUUGAGUUGUUGGCAUCAUUGGAAUUCAUAAUAAUUACUAGCUUUGUAAAACAUUUAUAGACUAUUUUGUAUUAUAACUGAUGUAAACUGAAAUAUAUGAACCAUCAUAAUAUGCUAUGAAUUAUGAUUGAUGAAUUAUGAUUGGUGUGUAAGAUAUUAGAGACAAAAUGCAUGUAUACUUAUUUUGAGACUGUACAUAUUAGUUUGUGUAAUUUUUUUGAUGACCAAGAUUAGUUUUGUAUAAUUAUAUUUUAUUUUGUUCAACCAUAACUUUUUACCUCCGCUUUUUGCUUCGAAUCGACCAACAAAAAAAAAUCUUAGUAUCAUCUCCAUCUUAAUAUCAUCUCCAAAUAUAUAAGAAGGAAACAUGUUUUUAUUAAGAAUUUCCUAAAUAUAAUAUAAUAUCGCUCGAUAUAUAAUAAAUUAAUAAGGAUAAUGUAUUCAAAGUAACAAAAGAAGAAAACAUAAUAUUUGUCAUUGGUGAUUGAAGACGUAAAUUUAGAUCCGAAUAAACUCUGUUUUAAAAUAAGAAAAGUUUUUUUACAUUGGCCUAUAACAAUAAUUAUUGCCUAUUUACAUAGAAAACAAUGUAAAAAUAAAUUAUAUAGUAAUAAAGUAUAUUAUAAAAAUUAAAUAAUACAGAAAUAAAAUAUUAAACAUGAUUUGAAUAAUAAGUAUAAAAAAUGUGAUGUUAAGAUUAAUAAUAUAUUUUCAAACUAACCAAAAUAUGUAAAAAAUAUAUAUUU